AUGGCGCCCAGCAUACGCCAGCUUCAGGAGGCGCUCUACACACAUCUGGAUGAUCUGGAGAAGAAUGUCUUCAUCGAAGCGCUUAGCUCCUACGGAAGGAGCAGAGAUGUCUUCGAGCUGGUGAAUGCGCUCAAGAAAGUUCUUAACACGCCGGCGAAGAGAGAGUUGUUUCCCUUGGUAAAGCGAGUUAUCAAACAUGAAGAUGUGGAUGCCUUUGAUUUGUUGACAAGAGAUGAGAAACAGCACAGCACAUUGCCACGCCCUUAUCUGUACAGACCUCACAUCGCUGACCUGACUGUCUUAAACAAAUCAAGAGCCAUGUCCGCUGGCAACAGGACUCCCAGCCAGGCGGGCACAGCCAAGUCCGAGGCUCAAAGAUCGUCCACGUCAACGCAGCAUCGCUCUAGAGCUAGAAGCAAAUCUGUUGAACGCGGUGAGAAGCACAAGACGCUGUCCAGAAGCUCCUCAAAGAGCAACAUCCUGGGAGAAAUAGUGGAGAUAGACGUCGGAGAACCUGACGGCGAAGAUGGGGGCUACGGAUUUACCUUCAGGGGAGGAGCAGACAUCGGAGUCGGCAUCUACGUAUCGUCCGUGGACAACGGAAGCAACGCGCAGGUCCGUGGGCUGACGGUUGGCGACCUUAUUGUGGAGGCCAAUAAUAUUUCUUUUGCAGAUGUGACCCACGACGAAGCUGCCAGGAUUAUCAAAGCAGCCACAAGGCUCCACCUUACAGUCUCACGCGUGGGUAGGGUACCAGGGAAACUCACCGUCCUGGAGACCUUCACCUGGACGGACCCAAAAGGAAGACCUGUUUCUCCGCCCCUGCCAGGAAGUGGGCUGGCCGCAGGAGAGGAUGACGGGAGAAGGAAAAGCGCCACCCUGAUGUUGAAGGGGAGCGACGAGAGAAAAGUGAACAUUGUCGUACAGAAAGGUCAAGGUCUGGGUAUUAUGGUAAGAGGUGGCAAGGAGUAUGGACUUGGCAUCUUCAUAUCUGGAAUCGACCCUUUUUCUGUUGCAGAGAACGCUGGACUUAAGCUCGGAGAUCAAAUUCUUGAUGUCAACGGCCGUAGCUUUCUGGACAUCAGCCACUCAGAGGCGGUGAAGCAGCUCAAGAAAAGGCGUCACCUGAUGAUGACAGUGAGGGACGUGGGUAAGAUUCCGUUCUCUAAGACCACCAUCGAUGAGACGGGAUGGAUAGAGAGCACCAAAGUGGAGUCCUACGAGAAGAGCUCAUCCAGCAGACGAUCAGCAGAUGGAAGCGUUACAGACCUAGAUACUCAAAAGAAAACUACUUUCCUGAAAGGACUAGGGGCUAUGCUAUCGAUGAGUCUACCAAACAGUGGUCACUACAAGGGUCAGUUCCAUGAGCAAGUCCGUCUCCUGCUGAACGAGUCGGAGCAGGCGUCUUUGAGUUACUAUAUGGCAGAGUACGACAAACGGGCGGUCAGCGUCCAGGGCCUGGUCCAGGCGUUGUUUGAACUCUUGAAUACCAUGGCCAAGUUUACCUUGAUGUCCGAAAUUCGUCUCAUGAUCAGAUCUAAUGACUUGGCCAUCUUCGACGAGCUGCUAGCCAAAAGACAGAUUGACCAGUCACUGAAAGAGGCUCGCAAAUUACUUACAAAUGACGUCAUGUCUGUAGGCUCGUACGACAGCAAUGACGCCCUCAAAGACGACGUUCACAAGAGGACAUUAUUUUCACAACAGAAACCAGCUUCUGGUGGCCUACAAACUAUGGAAAGCAUUCAUUAUAGCAAAAAAUUUCAAGACAGUCCACACAGCUUUCAAUUGAAAUCCGAUUCAAUACGAAGACUUAGCACGUCGACCCCGAACUUUACCGAAGUAGAGAAGCAGAUUGCGUCAAAGUCACGCUCAAGGUCUAGGUCACCAAACUCCGCCCAUCAUAUAAUGCAAGAAAUGUCACCAAGGAUUACAAUGAGGAAACAGUCAAGGGAAGAUAAUGUUCGCAUUGUUGGGAAGUUGGAUGACCCCAGCGAUGAUAGUGGUGUGGAGAUCAAUGGACAAAUCUUUAAUGGUCAAACUAGUGUACAGCAUUUCCAGUCGUCUGUCUACCAACCAAGACGUCAGGAUGGACACAAACACAGGUCCAGCACUCUUGAGAAAAUAACCAACCAUCUUAACUACAGCAAAAAGACUAAUCCCGUAAUUGAAAACGGCCUAAUGCCCAGACAGCAGACUUCAAAUAUGAAGGCUUCAAAGUCUGCCAAUGAGUUGAAUAUCAAGAAGAAGGAUCAUUUCCGGGUCAUUGAGCACGUGGCGGAAGUGCACAGCACUCGUAGUGAAACCGAAACCAGGCAGCGGGAAAUUCACUCACACCAAAGUCAUUCGCGUUUGGCGUCUGACGAAAAGGACGAUGGGAAUAAAGGAAGCCAAAUAAACAUUUCUCCAAUCAGCGUGACAGUCGAAAAUGCUCGAAAUAAAGAAAUUGAAACCAAUAAGAUGCAGUACACAAGAGUCGAUAAACUUCACGCCGAGACGCCAUCAGAAAGUCAGUCCAGAAAAAAGGAUGUUUCAUUAAAGACGCAGUUCGAGGGUGCUUCCUCGAUCAGGCUAGGGAAUCAAGCUGAAAACAAAGUGUCUCAAAUUUCACCGGCGUCGCACUCGGUGAGAUUCAGAAACACAGACAGCUACAUCACCAUCAAUGGAAACCCUGGACCACCUCCGCAGCGUCAUCAGACCAUCAUACAGAACACGUUUUCACUUUCGGCGCCGCCACCCCCGCCCCCACCACCCUCUCCCCCAUCCUCGGCAAGGGAAGAGCGCAUAAACUCUUUGAAAGUCGACAUUGAGGGCCGGUCUAAGCCGAAGAGCGUCAAGCCGUCUGUAACGCCUAGAAUCUCAAGCCACGCGCAGAGGUCCACUCAACACGUCCUGGAGACUUCAAUUGUCUCACCGGCAAACCACAAACAACCUUCCGUGGAAGAUCCAGCCAAUCAACCCAAAAAACAAAGACUCUUCUCUUCUCCGGCCAAAACCGGUUCCAAAAAGCUGCCCUCUCAAGCCAAUAAGCACAGCACCACCAUCUCAGUACCCUUCAUCAAAAUCAAUUCCGACAACUCUCCGCUUGUGGCAGCGUCUCUGAGCAGACGUGAUGUGACGUCAGCAUCAAACGAUUUCGUCCCCAUCAGUAAUGACAAAGAGUUUUCACCAGAAGGCCACCGACAAUUUUCUACGUUUCACGUCAAUAGCAGAAACACCAAGUCUCCUACCAAUGGAUCAAGUGCAGGCAGCAGCAUGGUGGAAACCUACAAAAACGUCACAAGGAUUACGGUUGGCAAAAGUUCCACAACUCGCACUAACCUUCCCGUUGAGAUUAUUAAAGAGAAAGCUGCAGAGCGGUAUGGGGACAUCCCUCUUGAAGUGGUCUACAUCUACCGAAGCAAGCCGACGCUGGGCGUGGCCAUCGAAGGAGGCGCCAACACCAGGCAACCCCUCCCAAAAGUCAUCAAUGUUCAGCCCGGUGGAUCCGCCUACGAAUCUGGAGGCUUGAGGGUAGGUCAUGUAAUCUUAGAGGUCAACGGUCAACCUGCUGUCGGCUUGUCCCACAGUGACACUGCCCGGCUCAUUGCAGAGGCUUUCAAGAACAAGGACAACGACAGAAUGGAGCUGCUGGUGACUGAGUGGUCCGACACGCUGCUAGAUACAAUAACUGUGGAUGUUGGCUUACUUAAAGUAUAGCGAGACUUCGGCACUGGUCUACAUAAUCAUUCCUCAGUGCUGCAUACUUUAUCAAGAGGCCCGAAACUGGCACCCAAAACUAGAAGAAAAAACUAUGGAGAGCUGCUUUAUCUGGACACCACUUCGCAUUUCACCUCUGAUAGUAGUGAUAUGUUGUAGAGUGACUAUGCUUCGUCUCGUAGAACACUUUUUUCAUGUCACUGUGGAGUCCUAUUGUCGAAAGACAUUCCAGCCCAUAUAUAUCGCAGGACACCUACAAUUCGAUCAUGAUUUUACGCACAAAAUAAGAAGCAGAUAUACAUUAUUUAAGCUUAGUUUGGGAUAGUUUGACGGCAGAAGGGGAUUCUUUGAAUAAAAAAGUUUAGUUCCCCUUGCGGGCCAUGAAGUUUAGUUUCCCUUGCGGGCCAUGAAGUUUAGUUCCCCUUGCGGGCCAUGAAGUUUAGUUCCCCUUGCGGUCCAUGAAAUAAAUGACGUAAAUUAAAAUCUCGUCUGUUUCCAUGGCCGACGGUCACCAAAGGUGUCACGUGGCCAGCACAACGACAAUCUUAGCUUUCCCAAUGUAAUGCCAUUCACCCAUUAUGGGAAAGUGAGUGGACUUUCAAAAAUUCACAAACCAUUAAAUGACAGGCUUCAGCGGGACUUCAACUCUUGUCCCCUUCGCCUCAUUGCCACUACGUUCUGAGCCAAUUUCAGUAUGCCACUAUACCUAAGUAAAUAUUUAGGAUAUACACAGACAUAUAAAUAAAUGUCAUCAUCAUAAUUUGGUUUUCUUGUAGUAUACUUGGCUUUAUUUAUAUCUAAUUAGAUGUAUAUACAGGCAUAAGUAAAUAUAGGCCUAUCGGUUAUAAAUAGCCAUAUAGCAGCCUAUAUAGAUAGACCUAUAUGAAAUUCAGAUCUAGUCGAUUUUUUUUUCUAUAGUUUUAACAGUUUUUAGUGCAAGCUAAAAAUUUACAUGUAAUUUUACUUUGUUUUGAAUAGCUUUAACACUGUAAUAUAAUUUGUGGCUAUAUAAUCUUCACAUUUCCGUAGAUGGUGCUCUGUGUCACAGUUGUGCACUGAGAGACGUGGUGAAUGAUUCACGGCUCGUAACUAAAGCUGUUAUUAGAUAACUUUGUAUUUGCUUAAAAGAAAGUUAUGUUUUUCAAAAUAGGAGUUAUACUUUAACGUUUGUUAAUCUCUGGGAUGUUACCCCCCCCCCUCCUCCCAAAAAAAAAAAACAACAUUUUUUUUAGACACUCUCAAGAUUCGAAAUCGAGUCCGUCAAAUCAUUCGCUGUAGAAUUUCCAUUUUUUUUUAUAAUUGUUACUUAAAACAAACUCCUCAACCAAAGCAAAUAUAAAGUACGUAGAACAUAUGCAAAAUAGAGCCGUCAGAUUUAUAACAAACAAAUAACACCUUUAGUAAAAUCUCCACAUAUAGAGACCCCAGGGAUCUUCACCCUCGAAGGCUUUCUAAAUUGAGUGAUUUUACUAAAGGUAAAUGUGAAUAUUCGUUUGUUAUGAAUCUCACUGCUCUAUUUUGUGUCUGUUCUAGUUUCUUUAUGUUUUCUUGAGUUGAGGGGUCCCAAACGGAGGAUGCUUAUUCUAUUAUUGGCCUAACCAUAUAGUCCAGAUAUGUUCAAAUAAUUACGUCAAUGUAUUUUUAUAGUUGAUCUACUAGUGCUGAAAACAGUUCUAAAAAAACAUAUAGGCCUAAUAUUAAAAUGCAUUAGAUCUAAAUGUGAGCAUUUUAUAUCUAGUCUGUGGGAGAAUGAGACCUCAUUUUUUAAAUAUUUUAUUUAUUUAUUAAGAUGUCUGCCAGCUCGUUAUUGAUUUUAAGAUGAUGACAAUGUUAUCACGAAAACAUGAUGAAUGAUGACAUUUCGUAUUGUUGUAGGCCUAUCAUGUUUCUGAAAAAAUAUGAAGUGUCGUUUUUAUAGAUGUCAUUGUCAUUACCAUGGUAACAUAUAACAACUGAAAUGUAAGCCAGGAACUGAAAUUGAAGAAUUCAACGUUUGUCUAGAGAUUAUUGGUGAAAAAUAGGUAGAUCUAGUAGGCCUUACUAUCUCUAUAAUAUAUGCAAUAUCGAUUUGAAAUAGUUUCCUACACAAACCUCUUGCAUUGUAUCAUAUAAUGUUAAGAACGUUGAGAUAUAUUUAAUGAUUGUUUGGGCAAUUAGAGAAAUCUCACUUUUUUAAAACAGCGUCUACAUACCCCGCCUUUGCAGAUAACAUUAGGCAAAGUUAAUGUUUUUACCUAGUCGUGCUAAUAAGGGCUUGUGAUUAUUUCAAAACCUAAGUUGUUUUUUGUUGUUGUUGUUGUUGUUGUUGUGGAGAACAUCGAUGUCACAAAAUAAUUAAUUGUUCCACAUUUGUAAAGUUAAACAGCAUUUCUUGAUUUUUUAAAGGGCUAAUGCUAUUUGAGUAUAGAUUUUUAUAUCAUAAGAAAGAGCAGCUUUAAUUGAAAACUUUCAAGUAACUAAAACGUUUAUCCUGAGUAGCCCAGAUUCUUUGCUUGAGUAACAGCAAUAUUGUCUUAUGUAGCUUAAUUUACAUAAUUUAUUCAUAUCAGUGGCGUAGCUAUUAUGGCAGGGAUGGGAGGGAGAAUUUGGAAAUCAUUCAAGUGGGGCCCCUAAAUGAGUAUUUGAAUAUUUUUUUACAUUAAGUAUUAAAUAUUACACCAUUAUCUCAUGUCAUGAUGUCGAAUGUCAAAAUGCAGCCCCCCUUCCCCGUCUAGCUUUCUCCCUGGCAAAUUCCUAGCUAUGCCACUGGUUCAUUUAUAAAAUAUUUUUUCGUUGCUGUGUUUAAUGUGAUAUUUAGUUCAAUUUUCACCUUGUGGUUUUACAUAAAUUAAAAAGAAAUAACGUUUUAUUCUCACAUAAUAACAUUCUUUUAUAAAUACGUCAUUGAACUUCAUUAAAUCAUGUGUACAGUUACAAUAAAGGAAAUGGUGAAGAGAUCUUCUUCAUGUGUACGCAAUCAGGUUUACUAUCACUGGCAUAAUAUAUAUAUAGUAAAUUUUCAUUUCUUUCUAUAAUCAUGUGGAACAUUUGUGUACAUUGUUAUAGUUUGUAAAUUUGUUCAAGCUUGUACAUUUGUAUUUUAAAAAAAUUGUGUUUGUCUGUAAUUAACUGGUAGGCCUGCAAUUUCCAGCAGCAGUGUGCAAGAUACAAUAAUCUAAACAUACUAGAGUAGUGAUUUUCAUGCUAGUGAAAUUAUAUAUAGCCUAUAUAUAUAUAUAUAUAUAUAAACGCUCCUUUGGUCAUUGAAAAUGUUCUCGCGCUAUUAGAUUUAACGAGAUGAGUUCCUUGAAAAGAAAAACUUAAAAUGUAGCUAUAUUUAGGCCAAACGUAGAACUCUAAGCAACCACGACGAUGUCACAGAGUUGUGUCCAACUCGAUCAAUUUGGCGCCAAUAAAAACGAUACUAAAUCUCAAUGUAACGAGACGAGAUUACGAGCUCUUUAUUAUUAUUAUUUUUUUUUUUUGUUAUUGACGGUUUUAGUGACUUUGUCUCUUGCUUGAUACCCAUUCCGUGUCUCUUUGUCUAACAAUCGAUGCUGUUGACUAUUUAAUCGCUUCUUUUUUUAGCGUAGUCUCGUGAUGUAGUGUCUAGAGAUUUCAUUCAGAGACCAUGUCCAUAAUGAACGUUGUCGAUUAAAAACAAAGACUGGAUAGCACUGCGUAUUGGACUAGAUUGAGGGGACACCGACACCAGGAAUCUAAUUUAUAGCUACAAGUCAAGGGUAGCUUCGCUUUAAUAACGGAAAAGGUUAAGCGCUUUCGAUGCUUAAUCCGUUAGUUUAUUGUUACAGGAAAUUUUAAGUUAGGCUUAGUCAUUAAAUAUGAAUCUUUGAUGUAGUGGGCAAUGACACUGUCACCGUUAUUGUUAAUAUAUAGAUACAUUGUGUAUUAUUGUACAUUGGUUUACAUACUGUCGGAAAGAUUAUGAUUAUAUUUAUUGAGAAUAAAAUGGUUUUCAUUUG